CCCCUAUCCCCUCCAUAGUGUUGAACAGGGCAAACUGACAGCUCUCCGGUCAGCUGUUUCCCAGGCUAACUUGGAAUAAUCAUAACGAUUACAACGGAAUUAUUAACGGUAGACAGUUGGAUUCAACGUAGACUAUCGAAACGUUACGAAAUUGCUAGCUUGCUUCGUGUGUCCAUUUAUUUUUUUUGUUCUUCCGCAAGCUAGCACGAAUCAGCUAACGUUAGCUAACAAAUCUCUUCGAAACCGCGUCAAACAACUUGUUAGCGUAGCUAGGCAUUUUUUAGCUUUUGUUGUUAAGGAAGGACUUUACAAUGGGAUCCAGAGCAUCGUCAUUACUGAGAGAAGAGGAGAUUGAAGAAAUCAAGAAGGAGACAGGCUUUUCCCACAGCCAGAUCACGCGGCUCUACAGUCGCUUCACCAGCUUGGACAAGGGAGAGAACGGCACGCUCGGUCGGGAAGAUUUCCAGCGGAUCCCAGAGUUGGCCAUCAAUCCUCUGGGAGACAGAAUCAUCAAUGCCUUCUUUCCUGAGGGGGAGGACCAGGUGAACUUCAGGGGCUUCAUGAGGACCCUGGCUCACUUCCGUCCUAUAGAAGACAACGAGAAGAACAAGGAUCCCACUGCCUCUGAACCUCUCAACAGCAGGAUCAAUAAGCUGCUCUUUGCUUUCCAGCUGUAUGACCUGGACAGAGAUGAUAAGAUCUCCCGUGACGAGCUGCUACAGGUUCUUAGGAUGAUGGUUCUUAGGAUGAUGGUUGGUGUGAACAUCUCUGACGAGCAGCUGGGCAGCAUCGCUGAUAGGACCAUCCAGGAGGCCGAUCAGAACGGAGACAACUCCAUUUCCUUUAAUGAGUUCAUCAAGGUUCUGGAGAAGGUAGAUGUUGAACAGAAGAUGAGCAUCCGCUUCCUGCACUGAGACACUGAUUGGCUGCACUUCCUGACAGGACUGUCUCUCUGAUUGGCUGGACCUUUUACUACCACCACCAUGCACGCUGGAACAAGACCUAAGCUGUGUCUCCCUCUGACCCCUCCCACCAUACAGUACUAUGCUAUAUCUCUCUCUGACCCCUCCCUUUCGCACUCUGACCCCUCCCACCAUACAGUACUAUGCUAUAUCUCUCUCUGACCCCUCCCUUUUUCUCUCUGACCCCUCCUCCUCCAUACAGUACUAUGCUAUAUCUCUCUCUGACCCCUCCCUUUCUCUCUCUGACCCCUCCCACCAUACAGUACUAUGCUAUAUCUCUCUCUGACCCCUCUCCCUCUCUCUGACCCAUCCCUCUCUCUCUGACCCCUCCUCCACCAUACAGUCCUAUCCCCUCCCUCUCUCUCUGACCCCUCCCU